AUGGCUCCCAGACUCUUGUCCUCCAUGGUCAUGCUCAAUGCCCUGGGCAGUGUCAAUGCCUUCUGGCGCAUGGAGUGCCGUGGUCGCACUGCCCUCGCCCGUAUUGACCCCAUUGUCAACUUCGGCGAGACUGCUACUCACGUUCACACUCUUCACGGUUCCAGCGGUAUCUCUGAGUCUGCCACCACCUCGCUUCUCCAGGAUGGCAACUGUACCUCUUGUGCCGUCACUCAGGACAUGUCUGAGUACUGGACCCCUCCCUUGUACUUCCAGUUCGCCAACGGCACCUUCGAGGUUGUCCAGCAGGAUGGUGGUAUGCUUGCAUACUAUCUUCUCCGUGGUGAUGACGUCCAGGCCUUCCCCGAGGGCUUCCAGAUGCUUGCUGGUGACACCAACCGCCGCAACUACACUCUAGGUGACCCCUCUGAGGCUGACCCUCCCGAGUCUGAGUGGGCUGCUCUCGGCCAGACCAACCAGACCGAUCUGGCCCAGCGCGCUCUUGGUUUCAACUGCCUCAACUAUGAUAAGGACGCUGAGGCAUCUCUGUACCGCCACUACAUGCCCGAGAAGUCUUACCUCGACGCCAACUGCCCCGAUGGCCUCCGUCUCGAGCUGGCCUUCCCUUCGUGCUGGAACGGCAAGGACCUCGAUUCCGACGACCACAAGAGCCACAUGGCCUACCCCGACUUGGUUCAGGACGGUACCUGCCCUGACGGUUUCGAGACCCGUGUUGUCACUCUCUUCUACGAGACUAUCUGGGCCACCUACAACUACGUCGGUGUUGAUGGUACCUUUGUGCUGGGCAAUGGAGACCCUACUGGAUACGGAUACCACGGUGAUUUCAUCACUGGCUGGGAUGAGGAUUUCUUGCAGUCUGCCGUUGACGAGUGUACGAACCUGUCGGGUCUGCUUAGUGACUGCCCCCUGUUCAACAUUCAGAGCGAGGAGGACCAGCGUGCAUGCUCCAUCGAGUCCAUGCCCCUCACCCUUUCCCUUGAAAACGUCGUCGGUGGCGUUGUCGACAUUCUUGAGUCUCUCCCCGGUAACGUCGCCAUCAAGUACGGUCCCGAGCCUGCCAACGCUGGCGGCAGCAGCGAGAGCACUUCCUCCAAGGCUUCAUCUUACAAGACUUCUUCCUCGUCCGCUGCCACCUCCUACAGCGCGCCUACUUUGACCUACAAGCCCGCUUCUUCCACCUCGGGUGCCAUCUUCUUCGAGCAGGCCUCCUCUUCGGCCUCCGCUACUAGCGUGCUUUCGGUUCAGGGCGCCGGUAAGGUCGCCGCUCCUGCUACCACUGCUGCCGCCAGCCUCUCGGAUGCCGCUGAUGGAUACGCCGUCUUGAGCACUUCGUACAUCACCAACGGCAACGUUGUCCAGGAGAUUGUGUACGAGGAGGCUGUUGUCACCGUCACUGAGGACACCGUUACAACCGUCACCGUCAGCCCUGCCGAGCGCAAGCGUGACCACCUGAAGCGUCACAACCACCACCACCACGCUGGCCACUUCUAA